GACAGGAGGAGGACAGAGGGACACGCACGAAGGACGGAAGACAGCAGUGGACAGGAGGGAGACGAAGCCCCUCGAACCCCGGACCGGAGCAACAAACCGUCCGGCCGCAGAUCUGAAGCUGAACUGGAUUUUCAGCCCGAAACUUUCUUUCCGUCGCUUUUUUACGCCUUUUUUCUUUCUUUCUUUUUCUUUCUGUCCUUUUUUCCUUUUUCUUUUUUCUUUCUUUCUUUCUACAUCGGCGUGAAACUUCGGCACGUUUUUGCUACCUUUGAUCUCAAUUUUUCUCCCUGGAGGAAACUGCAACAUCUUUUUCUGAAACCGACAGUUACGAGUACCGACUACCGAGUACCGAGUACUCAGAGUAGCGCUCGGAUCGCGUUUCUCUGCCCACUGAGACGAAGGAGAAACACUUGAUUCAGCUGGGAGAGAAGAGGAGCCACAGCGGGUCCCGUCGCUGCUCGCACUCAUUCCGAAACACGGGUUCGAGCCGCUCGUGGCCCCAACCAUGAGUGACUACCGGUUGGUGCUGCUCCUGUUCGUGCCGCUGCUGCUCGAGGGUACGGACGCGGCGGCGCCCGUCUUCAUCCAGAGCCCGGGAAACGUCACCUCCUCGCUGGGGAAGCCCGUGCGGCUGCAGUGCUCUCUGCGGGUGGACGGGGGCGACGGCGAGCCGCCGGACGUGGCGUGGCGGAGGGACGGUCGGCCGCUGGAUCUCGCCGACACCAACCAGAUGCAGAUGCCCGUCGGCGAGGAGAGCUGGCUGACCGUCAGCACGCUCAGCAUAGACUCGGUGAAGCUGACAGACAUGGGGGGCUACAGCUGUGUGGUGAUGGCAGGGGGGCAGAAGACCGUGUCCCAGCAGGGACGCAUCCAGCUCGAGGGCCUCCCUCAUUUCACCGUGGAGCCCAGAGACACGUCGCUCCCCGCCAACGGCGCCGUGACCCUGCGCUGCGAGGCCCGCGGUCCUCCGGACCCGGUGCGGGUCAUCUGGCUGCGGGACGGGCUGCCGCUCAACACGCUGCUGGAGCCCAUCUCCCUGUCGCCCUCCAGCCUCCGGGUCGCAGGCCUUAAUAAGACCAGCGUGUUCUCCUGUGAGGCUCAUAACCGCAAAGGUGUGGCCACGUCCAGCUCAGGUGUCGUCACAGUUGUUCCAUCGCAGCCACGCAGUGUGCAGCCUGUGCACGUGACCAACCGCAGCCUGAGCAUCUCCUGGGAGCCUGGCUUCGGGGGGGCGUACCCUGUCACCAUGUGCUCCAUCCAGGCCGCGCCCUCCAGCGCCGACCUCAGCACGGCGCCCGGUCGCCUCAUCCACAACCAGAACGUGAACGUGCCGCCCACCGAGCACCUCAUCUCGAACCUGGAGCCCUUCGCCAAUUACAGCGUGAGGGUGGCUUGUCACAGCGGCCAAGGCGCCUCCCCCUGGACCCCUUGGGUAACACUGCGCACUGCGGAAGGAGUCCCAGAAACCCCGCCAGCAAACAUCAGCACUGAACUGGACCAAAGGAGCGUGGUGGUGCAGUGGGCGGAGCCUGCAGACAGACUGAAUGGACACCUGCUUGGGUACAAAGUGGAGUACAGCGCUCCAAACGUGGCACCGGCCGUGCUGGACGUGGGCCUGUCCACAGGCAUUUCUCUCAACCUGUCCUCACCUCUGUCCAAUGUGUCCCUCCGCGUUUGUGCCUACACCGCGAUGGGACCCGGACCGUGGAGCCCCCUGCGCACCCUCACGGUCACCAGAACAGUUACUGGGGAGCUACAGUCCAACGAUCACGUCCCUCCGGCCACCUUCUCCUGGCACUGGUGGUACGUCGUCAUGGCGACGGCGGUAGCUGUGGCGCUGGUCGUGCUCAUCGCCAUGUAUGUGGCUAGACUGCGGCGCAAGGAGACUCGCUUUGGUGAGGCCUUCCAGCCGAUGGAGGACGGCGGCGAGUUGGUGGUGAGGUACCGCGCCAGGCGCUCCUACGGUCGCCGCACCACGGAGGCCACGUUGAACAGUCUGGUCAUCAGUGAUGAGCUAAAGCAGAAGCUGCAGGAUGUGAUGGUGGACCGACACAAACUGACCCUGGGGAAGACUCUCGGCGAGGGGGAGUUUGGCUCUGUCAUGGAGGGUCUGCUGACCCAGGAGGAGUUUGUGCUGAAGGUGGCCGUGAAAACCAUGAAGAUCGCGAUCUGCACCCGCACCGAGAUGGAGGACUUCCUCCGGGAAGCGGCCUGUAUGAAGGAGUUUGACCAUCACAACGUCAUGCGCCUCAUAGGGGUGUGUCUGCAGACGGUGGAGAGCGAGGGCUUCCCCUCCCCCGUGGUCAUCCUGCCCUACAUGAAACACGGAGACCUGCACAGCUACCUGCUGUACUCGCGCCUGGGCGACUGCCCCAUGUUCCUGCCCUCUCAGAUGCUGGUGAAGUUCAUGACAGACAUUGCAAGAGGAAUGGAGUAUCUCAGCAACAAGAACUUCAUUCACAGAGACCUCGCAGCACGGAACUGCAUGCUCAACGAGAACAUGACCGUGUGUGUGGCCGACUUUGGGCUCUCCAAGAAGAUUUACAACGGCGAUUACUACAGGCAGGGCCGCAUCUCCAAAAUGCCCGUCAAGUGGAUUGCCAUCGAGAGCCUGGCUGACCGCGUUUACACCACCAAGAGUGACGUGUGGUCCUUCGGGGUGACCAUGUGGGAGAUUGCUACGAGGGGGCAGACGCCCUACCCAGGAGUGGAAAACAGCGAGAUCUAUGACUACCUGAGACAGGGCAACCGUCUCAAACAGCCCCCCGGCUGCCUGGACGUCAUCUACUCCCUCAUGUUCUCCUGCUGGUUGCUGAGCCCCAAAGACCGGCCCGGGUUCGAGUACCUUCGCUGCAAGCUGGAGAAGGUCCUGGAGGAGCUGCCCGACACGAUAGAACCGGAGGAGAUCCUCUACGUGAACAUGGAUGAGCCCGGGUCCGAGCUGGGAGCCGUCGGGGGACGAGAGCCCCUGGGGGGCUCCCUGCCUUUUGCCCUGAAGGGGGCGGACACCGUGACCACAGUGGAGGUCCACCAGCCCAACCGCUACGUCCUGUGUCCUCAGCAUGAGACCCAGAGACUGCUGGGCGACUCUUUGGAAAGUCUCAACCUGAUUGGCUCGGCAUCCACCGCCACCUUGCCUCUGUCCGCCCUGAGCCCCGCCCACUUGUCAGAGGGACUGGAGGGCAGGGAAGAGGCCCCCAGAAAGGGCCCUUGGCACUGACAUGUUGAUCUACAGCAGCACUCCGUUCCGGUUUUAGGCUCUUCCCAAUGCUGCUUCCGUCCCCUCGGGGGCCUGAGUGUCACACUGAAGCUGCAGGUUUAGUCUCCUGGGACAAAGCGGUACAAUCGUUCCCCCCCAAAGACAGAGUUCUCUCAAACAUUAGAGCAACAGCCCCUCCGCAGGCCUGCUGGAUUACAUUUUACAUUUACAUUUAUUCAUUUAGCUCACGCUUUUCUCCAAAGCGACUUACA